GACGUCUUUCCCGCUCUGCGUCUACAUGUCCAUUUGAAAACAGUGUUUUACUACUUGAACUCUGGACCUACAGUGUACAGUGUGUGCCUUGCUCAUCGGUCAGGAAUGUCAGCUGUCGGCGACAGCGGAGCUCGACUCACCCAGUUCAAAAACAAAGGGAAAGAUGCCUCCGAGCUCAGGCGCAGGAGAGCUGAAGUGAACGUGGAUCUCCGCAAAGCCAAGAAGGAUGAUCAGAUCUUCAAGAGGAGGAACGUCCUCGUUCUUGAGGACGAGCCCACCUCCCCUGUGCAGGAGAAGGAUCCCAAUGCUCAGCAGCACUGGUCUGUGGAGGAGCUUGUGGGAGGUGUGAACAGCCAGAGCCUGGAGCAUCAGCUGCAGGCCACACAGGCAGCCAGAAAACUCCUCUCCAGAGAAAAGUGCCCACCUAUUGACACCAUAAUAGCAGCUGGCCUCAUCCCAAGGUUUGUUAGUUUUCUGGCUUUGACUGAAUGCCCUCCCAUCCAGUUUGAGGCAGCUUGGGCUCUGACCAACAUCGCCUCAGGUACAUCGGACCAGACCACCGCUGUGGUGGAAGGAGGGGCCAUCCCUGCCUUCAUCAGCCUGGUGGCAUCACCCCAACUGCACCUAAGUGAACAGGCUAUUUGGGCCCUGGGGAACAUUGCAGGUGAUGGAUCAAACUACAGAGACCUGGUGAUCCAACAUGGUGGAAUCCAGCCACUCCUGGACCUGCUGGCGACCCCUGACCUCUCUGUGUUUCAUUGUGGCUACAUGCGCAAUGUCACCUGGACGCUGUCCAACCUGUGUCGGAACAAGGACCCAGCACCUCCUCUGAUGGCAGUGCAACAGCUGCUUCCGGCCCUGGUGCUCCUCCUCCACCAUAACGACACCGAGGUCCUGGCCGACACCUGCUGGGCAGUGUCCUAUCUGACCGAUGGCUCCAAUGAGAGAAUAGAGGUGGUUGUGCAGUCUGGGCUGGUGGCCCGACUGGUGCAGCUUCUCACCAGCGACAACCUUUCCAUCGUGACUCCAGCAUUGCGGUCACUUGGCAACAUUGUGACUGGGACGGAUGAGCAGACCCAGUGUGUUCUGAACACAGGUGCCCUGGCAAUGUUCCCCAGCCUGCUGCGUCACCAAAAGUCCAACAUCCAGAAGGAAGCGGCCUGGACAGUGUCCAACAUCACAGCUGGCAAGGACACCCAGAUCCAGGAGGUUGUCAACGCAGACCUGAUGCCCAUCCUGGUUGAGAUCCUCCAACAGGGAGAUUUCAAGAGCCAGAAGGAGGCAGUGUGGGCUGUCAGUAAUUUCACCAGCGGUGGAACUUUGGAACAAGUGGCCUAUCUCGUCCAUUGCAAUGUGCUGGGGCCUCUGCUCCACCUGCUGACAGUCAAAGACUCUAAGAUCAUCUUGGUCAUCCUGGAUGCAAUCUACAAUAUUUUAAAGAUGGCACAAAAAGCAGGAGAGGGGGAGAAACUGACCCUAAUGGUUGAGGAGUUGGGUGGUUUGGACAAGAUUGAAGCGCUGCAGUCCCACGACAACGAAGCUGUGUACAAGUCCUCUCUCAACAUCAUAGACCAAUUUUUCUCUGAAGAGAACGAAGAUGAGUCUGUGGUUCCCGAGGUGACAGAAGACGGCUUUGCCUUCCAGGUCCCCGACGACCAAACCACUUUUCAAUUUUAACAUCUCCACUUUGCUAUUUGUAACAUAAAAAGAAAAUUUGUACCUUGUUUUUAUUUUUGUAUUUUUUUUGGUUGAAAUGUCAUCCUUGUACAUGACAGUAUAAGGACAAAAUAUCCUUCUUUGGAUAAAUGUUUGUAAAUAAAUUUUGUAAAUGUAUAUGGUGGGGCUUUUUGUGUUUCAGAUGUAAGCAGGAUAUGAACAGGGAAACAUGUUUGAUUUAGUUUGUGCAAAGAUGUGUGGGGAAAACAGAUCUGUAGAAAUGGGAGGAGAUUCUGUGUCCAUAUUACCACUAGGGGGCAGUGUGCUUAUUCUCAUUGCUUGUGAGUUUGGAUACUGCUGGUUUUGCAGUACAGGGAAACUGUUCUAUGAGUGAAAUCUACAUUUGAUGCAGGCCCCAGAUAUCACAAUCUACAUUAUUUACCUACGAGAAAAUACAUUUUAUAUUCUUUAAAAAAGCUGGAUGAGUUUAAAAUAGUUGUUCUACAUUUCCCUCAAGUUCACAUUGAUCUGUAUUUAUCAAGUAUUGAUGGUUAAUAGUGAUCCAAGUUCCUUGAAAACUGGAACCAACCAGCCAGCAAACUAUAUUGUAACAGCUUUCAGAUGAAUUGAGGAAAACAAAUGCAUAAUACUAUUUAAGUUAGGAUCUGAAACUUCACAUUCAAAAUAAAAUCCAUUCGUGCCAAUGUAAA